GGCCCGCGGGCGCACUUCUCUCCCGGCGCUCUCGCUUUGCAGCGCCGCGCGGGGCUUGCCUCUCCUUCCGCGGCUCGCCAUGCCCAGGCGGCUCUCCCGGGCCCGGCCGGGGCUGCUGCUUCCUCCGCCGCCCACCGGCCUCCUGCCGCUCGCCUGCUUCCUGCUGCUGGGGACGCCCGGGGCGCGCAGCCUGGGCCUCUACUCGCCCGAAGACCCAUUGACGCUGCUGGGGGCGGACACGCUGGAGCGCAGCGUCUUCAACUCCUCCAGCGCCUGGGUGGUCGAGUUUUACGCCUCCUGGUGCGGCCACUGCAUGCAGUUCGCCCCCACCUGGAAGGAACUGGCCAACGACAUCAAGGAUUGGAGACCUGCUGUGAUGCUCGGUGUGAUCGAUUGCGCUGAGAUGACCAACCAGAAGACAUGCUCAGAGUUUAAAAUUACUGGCUACCCAACUUUGAAGUUUUUCAAACCGUUUUCCAGGAACCCUGACGAUGGCAUAAGACUCCUGCAUCAUGGGGAUGGCAUUCGAAGCCUGAGAGAGAGCAUCAUCUCCAACGUAGAAAGCAGUGGAGACGCGUGGCCUCCAGCCUGCCCGCCACUUGAGGGAUUCAGUGCAGCAGAACUUCAAGGCUUCUUCCAGACAAACAACGUGGCGUACUUGACCCUGAUAUUCGAGAAGGAGGACUCCUUUUUGGGCAGAGAGGUGACGCUGGACAUGGUCCAGUAUGAAAACAUUGUGGUGAGGAGAGUCCUGCAGAACAACGCAGAACUGGUGAAGACCUUCAACGUCACGGCCUUCCCUUCUGGCUUUCUGCUUUUCAGCAACGGCUCUUGCAGUGCUAUCCCAGUGCAAGUUGAUUCAAGACCACUUUACAAAGACUUCUUGCGGAGGCUACCCGGGGUCUUCCGAGCGAUCUUCCCCGACCACACUGUUCGUCCGACUGCAGAACCAAAGACUACCCCUGCCUUCUGGAGGGUGGCAGAUAGGAAAAGGUUGUAUAUGGCUGACCUGGAGUCGGCGAUCAUGUACACCCUAAGAGUGGAGGCAGCGCGAUUCCUUUUCCUCGACAGAGAGCAUCUCUUUACACUGAAGCAAUACGUGGCCAUCCUGGUCAAGUAUUUCCCCGGACGCCUCAUAGUCAUGAACUACCUUCGCAACCUGGACCAUUGGCUGAGACCAAGGACAAACGUGUCAAACAGCGAAUGGGAGGAAGCUCUGAGGAAUAAAAAAGAGCUUCCUUAUGCCUGGCUUCCAGAGACCCCAACCUGGGUUGGUUGUCAAGGAAGCAAAUCCGAGUACCGAGGUUAUCCAUGCUCGCUCUGGACGCUCUUCCACCUCCUCACAGUGCAGGAAGCUGUGGCGAGUCCCAGGUUUACCUCGUCAUCAGAAGUCCUUCCAACGAUGAGAAGAUAUGUCCAUUACUUUUUUGGUUGCCGGGAGUGUGCGGAUCAUUUUGAAGGCAUGGCUGCCGAAUCCAUGCACCGAGUGAAGAGCAAAGACGGCGCUGUUCUCUGGCUUUGGUCAAGGCAUAACCGAGUUAAUGCUCGUUUGGCAGGUACCAAAAGCGACGACCCCAAAUUUCCCAAGAUCCAGUGGCCUCCCCAUGCUUUGUGUUGGUCGUGCCAAUUAAUCAUCAAUGGGAGACGCAUGUGGGACGAGAGGGCUGUCUUGAGGUUCUUAAAGUCUCACUUCUCCCGGCGCAACAUAGACAUGGCGUACGUGACCUCUGGGAGGGGGCGACCCGGGAGAUACGGUCGAGAUGUCGAGGAGAACGACCUGGAAGCUGAAGGAAACCUGGAGGAAGGAGGGGGAGAAAAUGGCCCAGGAGCUGAUGAGGAGCUUGACAGCAACUCCAAGAGGACUGAAAGACCAGACCGAGGGAGGGAGGAGAAGAAGAGGUCCAGCUCGGACCACAUAGGUGCUUCUGAGCCACGCAGACCAAGCAUUAUCAAGAUUGGCAAGAGCUCAAAGACGAAAGAGCUGGAGAAUGACAUCGUCGAUCUGGAUUCUUUCAGUGAGCAGCAUUACAAGAGCAAGGCUUUGAAAGCGGCCGCCCAGGCCAACGAGGGACGCAGGAGGAGCAGGAGGGACACAGGGCUGGUGCUGAUGGAGGAUGAGAGCAACCAGUCUUUUGAUUACGACGCAGUCUGGGGACGCAAGGGCCCGGGAGGCCAGCACAUCGUGGAUGCCAUGGAGGAGGAACCCGGCAGGGCAGGCGUGACAACCCUGAGAAGGAGCCAGUGGUUCCGCUUGCUGGGAGUCGGCUUUUCCCGGUUGGAUGUCAGCUUGUGCAUUGUCCUGUACCUCCUCUCCUCCAUGUGUCUGUUGGGCAUGUAUACUUUUUUCCGCAUGCGCAUGAGGUACCACAAGGGCCGCCCGGGCUUCCCGUUGGCUUGAAAGAGAAGCGAGCCAGCUGCAGCCGACAGGGUAGACAACAGAAGAGGGGCGACGGGCCUGAUAAUGGUGACUUCUCACCCGCAAUUUGUACUCUGGUGACAGAAAUGAAGUCCAGCAAUACGCACGCACCGUGGCAGCUGUUCAAGGGAGCUGGGUCGCAUUUGCUGCUUCUUGCUUUAAAACACCUAGACGUGGCACACAGGAGAGGUGGGUUGGGGUCCCCGCUUUUGGGUGCAAAGUCAGUAUCCAGGAUCCUUCACAGUUGCACGGCGUGUGUGCGCUUCACAUUUGCCUGUAUGUUCCAGAGCACAAAUUGUUGAGUGGGAAUCAGCUUCAUUGGGGUGCUGUGUGGUUUCCAGGCUGUAUGGCCGUGUUCUAGCAGCAUUCUCUCCGGACUUUUCGCCUGCAUCUGUGGCCGGCAUCUUCAGAGGAUCAGCUUCAUUGUCAAAAGGGAGUGGGAUUCUGUUCCAGGCCCUUUUGAUUAUUAUUUUUUGAAUGGGAGGGUCCUUACUUUGUGUGUGGGGUGGUCUCCUUUGGGAUAAUAAGCCAGAUUCAUUCUGAUCUCACUAGGUGUAUGUAGCAUAAUCCUCCUUCAGUGAUUGGCAGGAGUUCUCCCGUGGCCAGUUCGGAACCAACCGCAGAGUAGCUGCUUUGAAAUAUUCCUUUGCCGUUUUUAAAAAGCUGCUGUUUUCAGAUUAGAGACUAUUUAGUAUGGGACUUUGUGGGCACGAGGCUGAAUUUAUAUGCCGCAUCGAGGUACCUCUGAGCCCUUUUCUAUCUUGAAGAAUCCCAGUUUAGGCAAUCGUGAAUUUAGAAACGGAAGCACAGUCCAAACUGGUCCGUCAGGGAGGCCCCUCGAGAUGGGUUCUGUUAGACGAAACUGGAUGCAAAAGCUUCUGAGCCAUUGUGAAACCGUAUUAAAGGAAGAAGUUGGCAUGUGAGGGAUGCUGAGUUGGCCGCUGAUCCUUCUCUUUUAAACACAUACAGAACUCUUUCCCCCUCCCCCCACUGUCUGUAAUUUUGGUAAGAAAGUUUAAAUGUCGCAGAUAAACAGACCGUGCAACCUGGUGAAAUCUCUCUACCGAUGGCUGUAGCAUUGUGCCAGGUUUCUGUUCUUCACCUGCCCCUCUCUCGUGCUGCCAUCUUUUCUGCAUUUUUUGCGUCUGCUGCCAACCUGAGCUCCCUCCCUCCCUUGACCAUUCGCCGCUAGCUGGCCUGCCCAUUUACUUCUUGGUCUGGCCCCUGACCCAUAGGUCUUCAUGCUGCUGUCCCUACUACAGUCCCCCAGUCUCCUGGAAUUCCAUCAAUGUUAGUGGGACAGAAAAGAAGGGAACUGGGCAAAAGUGUCCGGGAGGGGAAUGUCCUCUUUUGAUGGUGGAGACUUGGCCACCUGGUUAAUUAUCAUUGGAACUAUAACUCUCUCUGUGUGAGUAAAUAACAGAAGGGAGCAAGUGUAGCGUAGUGGUUAUGGUUUUGGACUGCAGCCCAUGAAACCCAAGUUCAAAUCCCCACUGAUGCCGUGGACGCUUUGCUGUGUGAUGCGGAGGAAGUAGUGGCAAACCACCUCCCAAUGCCUCUUGUCUUGAAAACCUGACAGAGCCACCGUAAGUCAGCUGUGACUUUGCGGCUAAAAUAAAUGAGUAACAGAAGCAGUGGUUAGGAUUUUGGAAGGGUUCUCCCCUCCCCCCCCCCAAUUUUUUUUUAUUUCCAACCAAAGAUCACUGACGUAUACAUCAAUAAUCAAGCUGUUACACAACAUAAAUAUAUGACAAUUUAACAAUCCUUGCUAAAUAUAGAUUAUUAUAUUAUAAUAUUAAAACUCUGAUUGGAUAGAAUAGUCACAGGUAAUAGAGGACCCCUAAGACCCCUGCCAGUUCAAGGUGGAGAGGAUAAAACAGAGCGGUCUCAAGAGUGGACUAGAACAGCACCAGCCGAAUGAAUUAAUAGUCAUAAUGGCACCCCAUGUACUAAGGUGAGCCAGUCUGGUUUUCUUGGUUAUAAAGGUCAGGUAGGGUUAGCAGAGAGCAGGAAGCAGCAGCCAGCAAAGUGUAGAGAUUAGACUGUCAUACUACAAUCUGGCACAUCUUGCAUUCAAAUUCUCAUUCAGACACGAACCUACUUAGGCGACUUAGGUUGAAAAGUAGUUACUGCCCAGACUCACAAGAUUGUUGCAAGGAUAAAGCAUGGAAGGGGGAGUCAUGUGUACAGCUUUCAGUGCCAUGGACGAAGGCAUGAAUCGUACUGAACAGUCAGAAAGACAGGGAAGGUAUUAGAGCCUUUGUCCUGACAAUAAUCCGGCUUUUAAAUAAGACAAAGCAGACUUCCAUUCAUGGCAGAGAAGUACCUGCUAUCAUUGACUUGAAGAGUUCGGUCAUGUCCAUGAUCAAGGAGCGUAAAAAUGGGGCAGGGUUUGGUACAAGCAGAUCUGGCAAAAUUUGCGUUCCUCAACAAAACACCAUUUCUCCCAGCUUUUCUUUCCCCUCACUGUUAACAUUAUACUGAUACCUUUUGAGCUUGGUUCACCCCCCUCUUCCUUUGGCAACAAAUACGCUCAUAUUUUUGCAAAAGUGCCUUAUAUUUCACCCUCCCUACAAUAAACAGGUAUUUCUUUUUCCGGUUCCCCUCUUAGAAACAGGUGCUCUGCUGAGACGGCCUUUCCUGUUUGUCAUAAACUUGUUGCAUUGGGUUGGUCUCUAUUUCCCCUGCCCCCGACUCCCACACAAUUCCAGUCCUGGGCGCAGAGAUGGUUUUGGCCAUUUGCCGCCACCUUUUUACAUUCAGCUCCUGAAUCCAUUUUGGAAGAGGUUGGGGGACGGAGCAAGAAGUCUGCUGAUGAAACAUUUGAAGGGGACAAGUCUUGACUACCUUUUCUUUCUAUUUUCUCAUUGCUUGAACUUAUCAGAGGAUUCGGAUAAUUUGUGGCACUGUGUAGGUCAACUUCUCUUUUGGGGGGGUGGCAAUUUUCAUUUGUGCCAAACAAGCGGGGAGGGGACAUUGGAACCCCUUCCUGGAUGGUCUAGCUGAUCAGCAGGAAGUCUAGAGUUGUUCAGGUGCUCGAAUGGGAUGGGAUGGAAGUGGGCUGGGGGUUUAAUAUAAUUCUUAACAGAACUGCCCUUUAAAAGGCAGGCUGGCCAUUCCAUGUUCUCCUUUUGUUUCUCCAGGAUGUGCCUUGGAUAAUAAUCAAGUUUUGAAGAAAAGCAACCUAGCUCUUUGCAUGGAACACACUGGCAUUCUGUUCUUCUGGAGUGGGAAUCCCAUGAGUCAUGCAUUUUGAGAGCACGAUUGAUUAUUGUGUGAAGAGGUCAUGUGUGCAUUUUCUGGGCAGGUGCAGCAGUGACAUGCACAUGUCAGAACCCUGGAGGGCAUACAUUCAAACUGUAGCUGCCUGGAAAAUCAAUGGAUUACUCUCUUCGUGUGAUAUGCAAUCAUUCGAAAUCAGAUGCAUUGUGGAGACCUGUGCAGAGGCAGGACGCUCACGGGGACAGGUGGGGUCACAUGUCCCCGGGUGCACGCCAGCUGGUCACAUGGGGGGCGGAGAAUCACCACCAUGCCCCUCCCUUCGGCCCCGCCCUGCCAGGCUGCUCCUUUGGUCGGUGGGGCUAAGGGGUGCCCGGCAGCGGCCCAGCCAGAUAAGUGGGGCCCACGGGGACAGUGGGAGGGGGCGGUGGGCGCCCAGAGCAGGUUUUGCCCCGGGCGUUAUCUCUCCAUCCCCACGCCUCUGCCUGUGUGUUCCUGUUGCGCAUGGUUUCCACCUCACAUGAACAGCAUGUCAGCAUAUGGCAGUGGUGGCAAACCUUUGGCACUCCAGAUGUUAUGGACUACAAUUCCCAUUAGCCCCUGCCAGUAUGGCCAAUUGGCCAUGCUGGCAGGGGAGCUGACUCAAAAUUAUAGAAUCCAUCUGGAGAGGUAAAGGAACCUUCGCCUAUACCUCAGACAAUGGUCUUAGUGCAUUGCACUCCAGCAUCACUGAGUACUAGUGAGCAAGAAGUAAGUCUCUGUAUCAAUUUUAAACUGUUUGUUUAUUUGUAUGUUUGUUUGCUAAAUAUGCCAAGGUUACCUUUAAAAAAAAAAUAUUUGAGUCUUUGGAAAGACCUGCAGAUUUAUUUCAGGCAGGGUGCCUGUCUGCCUGUCACUGUGCGAAGACCCUCUGAUAAAAAGUGUCCAGAGUCUGUUCACUUGCGUUCUUGUAUAUCUCUCGCAGUGACGGUUGGGCCUUCAGUGUUAACUUUGCUAGAGGCAGGUGUGUUCAAGCCAGCUUGGCAAACUGUCAUGCUUUCUCUGGAGAGGGCAGGGCAUGGUUCGGAAGUGCCUUUUUGCUGGACUCCCUUAGCAGCUAAGGUAGUGACUGCUGACUUCUGCAUUCGUGGGGACUUCUCUUGUCUCCAGUCAGUGGUCUGAAGACCGAAAGUAUUUUUGCCAUACAAAAACGGGUCCCUUUGCAGAUUCUCAGGCUUUACAAUACCUUCAACGCCAUCAAACCAUAACUAGGGGUGCCCCAGACGUGUGCAAAGACACUGAUGGAGCAUUGAAUUGCAUGCAGAAUCCAAAGAGAACUGCAACAUUACGCAAAUAUUUUUUUCCCUUAUGAGUUAAACGGGGGGGGGGGGAUUUUUGAAGCAGUCAGAUGUAAAAACAAUCUGCUAAAGGCAGCUGGGAAUCCCAGUCAUACCAUUCUCAGCAGCCUGAGCUUUGCCAGACCCUAAAUACAGAGAACGAUUUGCUGGUGCCUUUUUUGAUCCCUCAAUGAAAGGUGUACAAAAUGAGUUAAAACAGAACCUUCUUCAAGAAGUGGGUCCAUGUUUUUCUUUUGCUGUGCUUGCCUGUGGCUCACUCCCUCCUUCAACGGUGUUAUGUGCAAGAGAGGAAAAUUGUGGUGUGUGUGCAAGCGUGUGUGUGUGUGGGGGGGAAUGGGGUUCAGUCUCCUGGUAAUCUGACACAUUUGUAAGUUGCCGAGAACUUGAACUCAAAGCCUAUGUGCAUUUGGACCGUAACCUGAAUUGGGAGCGGAUGGAAAGGUGUUGUGUGUACUGAACAUCAACCAAAGUGACCAACUGAUAUUUUCAGUUUAUUUCAAUACAAAGUCAGCUAAAUGUGUCCCCCCCCCCCCCCCCCAAGCCCCGUGAGCAUGUUUACAAUUUCCAGAAUGCCUGUUUGGAUGGCAGUCUGCCUCAAGAAGAGACUGUGAGAAGAGAUUGCCCACUAAAGAAUCGUAUGAAUAAGUGCGCUUUCUUCGACUACUGCACCACCUCCUUCCAAUCACCCUGCAAGAUUCUUCAGUUGUAGUUUCGUAAUGAAGCAAUUAAGAAACUAUUUUUCGAGGCGGGUUCUUUGAUUUACUCUCGCCUUUUUAGCUCCACUAGCUUAGCAUGCUGUCUCUUCCAUGUUCCUCCAGCACAGCUGUCGUUCAGGAAUGCCCUUGAUCUCUCCUGUGUCUCUCUGUGUUAGCGGAAUAAAUUUAUUUUUGUUAAUAAA